UCGGCUGCAAAAAGAUGCAGUAUGUGCGCCUUUUUAAAGUACUGACCCCAGUUCUUCUAGUUCCUUUGUCGUCUUUUCAAAAUUUUCUCUUUGUCCUUUCUUCUUCUCUCUGCCCUUCCCCUUGGUUCCCGAUUUGGUUCUUCAGUUAAUUGUAGCAGACUCAAUUGCAGGAGAGCACGGUGCUUGGAGAAAGCUUCGUUGCAGAUGAUUAAGCCGGAUGUUAUAGCUCCAUGGUCCAGUAGCUUGUAGAUCCACCAAUGGCCCUUCUCGUUAUGCGAAUGAGCAAACGAUUGAGUAAGCACAUGCAGUUACUCGCAGCCGCGUCUGCUUUGUCGCACAAUCAUGCGUCUCUUUGUCUGCCAGUAGAAAUUUCGCGGGCGCCUUGCCUAAAUGAACGAUUCGACGAGCUAAUAAACACAGCGGGUGCGCCCCUGCUUGCUUGCUUCCUUCAGCUCUGCCGUCGCUUAGAAGAUGUGGACGCCCGAAACUACCAUCCGUAUGCGCGUAUCAUUUAUCAGAUCGAGUCGGCCAACAGUCGGUCGUUUAGGCCACUCUUCCUACAUAUGCAAGGCAACGCUAGGCCAUCUAGAAGAAGACGAACAAGUUGAAGGUGAAUCAGGAGCAUACGCGAGGGAGGGAUCAGGCGCUGGAGAC